AAAAAAAUUUACACUGCAUAACUCGAACCGAAACCGCUGAUUUCCCCGGCACCCCUCCAUAGCCACCACUAAACUAACCUUCCCUUCUGACCAUUACUGAAGGUCUCUACUUUUUCAAACUUUGCAGUGAUGGACUUCACAUGCUCCGAUGUUACUCUGUGGCAAGAUGCCCUCAAUUCUUACGAAACCCAUAUCAAAACCCUCAUUAAGCCCAACCUCAUUUCGCUCGACAAUUUCUACCGCACAGAACUCCCAAAUCUUCUCCACCAACGAGCCCCGUCUCCCUAUAUAACCACCCCGGAGCUCUCGAAGCUCAUGCAGUGGAAGCUGACCCGUGGCAAGUGGAGGCCGCGCCUCUUGAACUUCGUUUCCUCACUGAACGACGACGCAGUCAGAGCCGCGUCCCAAAAGGCAUUCGGGUUCUUACCUGAUGUUUCGAAGGCUGUGUCGGAGAUGGUUGUGCUUAAAGGAGUGGGCCCAGCAACCGCCUCCGCCGUUCUUGCCGCCUACGCGCCGGAUAUUGCACCAUUCAUGUCCGAUGAGGCGAUGGUGGCGGCUAUAGGGCACUCGAAAGAUUACUCGUUGAAGCAAUACUUGGUGUUUGUGGAGAAGAUGCAAACGAAAGCAAAGGAAUUGUCUACAGAUGGGAAUACAUUCAAACCAUCAGAUGUUGAACAGGCUUUGUGGAGUUCUUCCGUAGCUGCCAACUUCAAAAUAUUAUCUACUAAUUCAUGUGAUGUUCAGUUGGAAAAAAGGUCCAGACGAAAGAGAAAACGGUAGCAGAGCUCCGGUUUGUUGUCAAUUCUGGUUACUCACUGUAUAUUAUCAACCCUCCUUUUUUUUUUUUUUUUUUGGGUGUUUUUUUUCUCCCUACUAAGCAUCUCU